AUGAAGGUGUGGACGUGGGUGGUAUUGAUCGGCCCCGGCGUCGCGACGGCGGUGUGGAGUGCAUUUCACUGGCCUCCCACACCCCUUCUACUUCACCCGGGUCGCGCGCGGUCUGUACUCGUCUGCGGCGGGGAGUCGGCGGUGGCGCAAUUAGUGCCCCUGGCGCCGGCCCUCGCGCUGUUGGCGUCCUGCGUCGCACUCGCGAUAAAGACGCGUCGUUUACCGCACAACUUUAACGAGACAAAGUUUGUCGGCGCCGCCGCAUACGCCACCUGCGUCACCUGGGUUGCAUUCUUCCCGCUGUACGCGGCGACUGAAGCGCGCACUGCUACACUGUGCGCAUGCGUGUCACUGUCGGCGGGCGCGUGCGUGGCGCUAUCACUCGGGCCCCGGGUGUGGGUGUGCGUGUGUAGACCCGAGAGGAACACGCGAGCACACUUUCUCACGGCUACCUCAAUCCGAUGUCACCUCGGCAAGUAUCGUCCGGGCUCCGAUGCACGCGGUAGAUCGCCGAAUGCAUCAAGAAAACGUACAGUUGAGAGCCGGGACGAAUCUUGCCAAGUCGCGGUGGACAGCAAUGCAGAGUGCGAGGGCGCACAUAAAAGCGAACGUAGUACUUGCGGAAAAGUGGAGAAAAAAGUGAUUGGCGGUGUGUGUGAGGCAGCGGGCGUGUGCGCGCGCGUCACUCGACUCCCCGCCCCCGCUGCCGCCUCGCCCUCCCCCACCCCCAGUGCAGACUAUGAGCUGGCGGAUGUUCUCAUCGUCCUUCUUCAUCAUCGCCACGCUCUACCCUCGCCGGUGCACGAAAAUAUCAGGAAAACCAUUCCAGAUCAAAAAAAUUUAUUGGAUGACAACCUUAUAUAA